AUGGACCUCCUGAGCGACGACCUGCUCUACUGCUGCCUCGCGCGCGUGCCCUUUGCCAGCUACGACGCUUUGCGCCUCGUCUCGCGGCGCCUGCGCGGCGCCUGCGGCUCCGAGGGCUACGCGCGCGAGCGCGACCGGUUCCGCGAGUCGCUCGUUGUCGUCUGCGGCGGCAGCGACUGGGGCUACCGGCGCGAGGCCUGGCUCCUGACGCCGGACCGCACGUGGCUCGCGCGGCCCGCGCUGCCCUUCGGCCGCGACGCGUUCUGUCUGACGGCCGCGCGGCCCUUCGGCGACGAGCUCUACGCGACGGGCGGGCGGCUCCGGGGCUACGAGGCGUCGGCGGCCGUGUCCGCCUUCGACGCGCGCGCGGGGACGUGGCGCGAGUGCGCGCCGAUGCUCCAGGCGCGCUUCGGCCACGGCGCGGCCGCGCUCCGGCCGAAGCCCAAGCUCGCGCUCGUCGCCGUCGCGCCGCGGCGGCGGCGGCCCGCGGAGCAGCGGCGCAUCAGCGUGACGCAGAAGCCGCUUCUCGUCGUCGCGGGCGGCUACCGCGACGACGCGGAGCUCGCGUCCGCGGAGGCCUUGGACCUCGUCACGGGCCGGUGGCGCGCGAUCGCGCCGCUGCCCUUCGCCACGUGCUACGCCGCCGCGGCCGUCGUCGACGGCCGCUUCUACGUCGCCGGCGGCGCGGGCCCCGGCGACGGUCGGCUCCAGAUGUGGGACCCGGCGACGGGCGAGUGGGCGCGCCGCGCGGACCUCCCGCAAUCGCGGCAGUCGGCCGCGGCCGUCGUCGUCGCGGGCCGGCUCUCCCUCAUCGGCGGGCUGCUCGACCUCGGCGAGACGGCGAGCGUCAUCCGCUACUGCCCGACGUCGGACGCGUGGCAAUGGGGAGAGGACGCGCGCGCGAUCCCGUGGCUCCCGAAGCCGCGGUCGGGCGCCACGGCGGCGCUCCUCGCGGACGGCUCCGUGCUCCUCGUCGGCGGCGGCUCGCCCCUCGUCUGCCGCCGCGACGGCGACGGCUACCGCGCCUGGGAGGACGUCGCCGACCUCCCGACCGGCUGGGUGCGCUGGCCCGGCGCGGCGACGGUGGAGCUGUAA